UAGAGUGAAAUAAGUAAAGCCCAAGAUUGUAAAAAGGAAAAUGCUAUUCUUAAUGCUGGUACUGAUUUUUUUUGUUUUUUUGGGUGGUUGUUGUAUAAAAGGGGUACGAGUUGUAUAGCGGGAAAAUAACAUGAAUGAUACGGUUGAUUUCUCAAUUCUCUCUCUGUUUCUUUCUCUCUCUCUAAAUCUUUUCUCGAUCUUCUUCUUUCUUGCUUUCUUCUUCUUGGCGUGUGACACAAAAUAAACAAGAGAUAUACUGAUCUUAACAUGGAAGGUAUUGUGGUGAGAAGGGUCAUUCCCUCGGACAAUAGUUGCCUCUUUAAUGCCGUUGGUUAUGUCGUGGGUCAUAACAAAGACAAAGCACCUGAAUUGAGACAGGUUAUAGCUGCAGCAGUGGCAAGUGAUCCAGCAAAAUAUUCUGAAGCAUUGCUUGGAAAGCCAAACGAAGAGUAUUGUGCUUGGAUUCUUGAUUCAGUUAACUGGGGAGGUGCCAUUGAGCUUUCAAUAUUAGCUGAUUAUUACGGGCAUGAAAUUGCGGCAUAUGAUAUCCAGACCACACGAUGUGAUUUGUAUGGUCAGGAAAAGAAAUAUUCCAAAAGGGUUAUGCUGAUAUAUGAUGGGCUCCAUUAUGAUGCCUUAGCUAUGUCGCCCUUUGAGGGAGCCCCACAGGAGUUUGAUCAGACUAUUUUCGACGUACAUGACGGUACCAUUGGUCCAGUUGAGGGGCUUGCUCUUAAUUUUGCUAAGGAACAACAAAGUAAAGGGAGAUACACUGAUACUGCAAAUUUCACUUUGCGUUGUGGAGUAUGCCAAAUGGGAGUAGUUGGCCAGAAGGAGGCUGCGGAACAUGCACAAGCGACAGGCCACGUCAACUUUCAAGAAUAUAGAUAACAUGUGUAGACUAUUAA